UCUAUAGUCAUUGAACUUGAAAAAAUAAACAAGAAAGUAUAACAAAGUGAAUUUGGCUGUCAAGUGAAACAUUUUAUUUUCGGAGUAAAAGUUAAAAGGUUUGGAAAAUUUUCUAGUAUAAAUAAAAUCAAAAUGAAUCAUAUAAAUUAAAAUGAUACAAUGUCAAAUAAUCUUUUGGAGCAUUUCAACAAUGAUUCAAUACCUGGAUCUUCUUCAUUGCCAAAUAAUCCAUCUAAUGCAAAUAUUCCACAUGAAAACAUCAACAGAAUUUCAGUUAUCAAGAAUUUAGGUGAAAGGAUCAGAUCUAGUUUGCCAAACAUCAGGAAUCAUUUAAAACGUUUGAUAGGAUUGAAAAAUCUGAACAACGUAAAUUUAAGUGAAGAAAAAAUUGAAGCAAUUAAAAUUGAUGGACAGGAACAAAUCGUGGGUUCAACAUCUGAUGAAACAGUAGCUGAUUCUAGUGAUCCCUAUUAUGAGGCGCUGAAUAAUGAUCUAGAGUGUAUUAUAGAUACUUCAAGUUCAAGCUCUUCUAAUUAUUUUGAAAUAUCAAUUCGUCCACCAAACUUAUACGAAUAUCACACAGCUGACCUUCCAUCAACGUCAACAUUUAGACCUGUGACAAAUGAUACAUCACUAGAAACUGACAGGGCUGAACAGCGUGAUACAAACCUCUCAACUAUUUUUUUCCCAUCCAUAAGUACAACUCCAUUGAUGAUUUCUCAUAGUGUCAAUACAAGCAUGGAUGCUUUAACUAUGUCAACUAUAAGGAAUGAAGAUGCAGCUGUUAUAGUUGCUGGAAAUUCUAUGGAGUUUGUAGCAACAUUAUACGUUCCAAUGGGAGCUGAGAGUAGUGAAAGGAUAAUUCUUGAACCCAGAAGAGUUCCUUUAUUCUUACCAAACAAUUCCGUUGGAACAUUUAGGAUUGGUGGUAUUCCAUCAUCUGGGAGCGAGAGUAGCAGUGAAAGUGGAAUAAUCAGUGAAUUUGGGGAAACAGAUGCUCUGAUGCGUCACCGAAGGAAUGAAGAACGACAAUUGUAUGAUGUUGCCAUGAGGCGUACAGUAAGGAAGCCAUUUCUUCACUUAGAUGAUGAACCACCCAUAUAUUAAAGAUAAUGAAAGUAAAUGAAUUAGUCAUUUAGUUCAGCUAGAAUUUUAAUAAUGUAAACAUCUCAGAGAAAAUUAAUGAUCAAAUGAUGUCUUCAUAUCAUUACAAAGAUUUUUAGUAGAAAAAAUAAAAAGGAUAAAUUUUCGAAAUCAUUUCGCAAUAUUUUUUACUCAUUGAUUACUUACAAUUGUCUAGAAAUUAAUGACGGUGUAAUAAUUAAAUUGGUCAAAGAGGCGAAAAUACAGGCUUUCGUAAUGUGGCUCAUGUGUGCUGCAGUAAUUGCUACUGUUGUGAAAAUUUAUAAUAGAUAAUAGAUUCUUCUUCCUAUUAAUUUCUUCCCAAGAUUAACAAAAAGAAAAAGAGAUACGGAAGCUAUACUUUAAUUCCUUUAGUCCAUAAAUCUUUUCCUCUUCUCACCUUCUUAGAGGUUCGA